GACAGCGACUGACAGCAGCAGCUCCAGUCGGUUGCAGGUGGAGGGACUAAGAGGUCAGCUAUGGCUCAAUCACGCACUGGAAAUGCUGACGUGGAUGCAAAAGUGGAAGAAUGGAUGAAGUGGGACAAAAACGAGAAGACUCGGGACGAGAUAUUGAAGUUAGUGAAAGAUGGUGAGGUGGAAUCUUUAGAAAAGAGGCUUCUUCAUCGCAUGGCAUUUGGAACAGCAGGUUUACGAGCGAGGAUGGGAGCUGGUUAUAACAUGAUGAAUGACCUCACCAUUAUACAGACAACACAGGGUUUGUGUAAACAUUUGCUCCAGUCCUGCUCUACAGCACGUACAGAUGGUGUCGUGAUCGGCUAUGACGGACGAUACAACAGUGACCGGUUUGCCAAGUUGGCCACUGCUGUGUUUGUCAAUGAGAAGGUUCCAGUUUACCUGUUCUCCAGGAUGUGUGCUACACCAUAUGUUGCCUAUGGGGUGUUGAUGUGCAAGGCAGCGUGUGGAAUAAUGGUGACAGCCUCACAUAAUCCCAAGGAGGACAAUGGCUACAAAGUCUACUGGGGUAAUGGCUCACAGAUAAUCAGCCCUCAUGAUAAAGGUAUAGCUAGUUGUAUACUGGAAAACCUAGAACCACUUGCCACUUCCUGGCAAAUUUCGGACCUCGAGUCCAGUACCCUGGUCAAGGAUCCAUAUGCUGAUGUCUUUAGGGAGUACAAUAAAGACCUGAAAAAACUCGUUCAAUUCAACGAGGAGACGCCCACAUUGGAGUUUACGUACACUGCCAUGCAUGGUGUGGGCUAUCCUUUUGUCCAGGAGGCUUGUCGUACUCUUGGCCACCUGAAAGUCAUCCCCGUUCUGGAACAGGUAGAAGCAGAUCCAGAUUUCCCCACGGUUAAAUACCCAAACCCAGAAGAAGGCAAAGGUGCCCUGAAACUGGCGAUGGCAACAGCAGAUGCUCACAACUGUUCUCUGAUCCUCGCCAAUGAUCCUGAUGCUGACCGUCUGGCUGUUGCUGUGAAACUUCCAAGUGGAGAUUGGCACAUAUUUUCCGGUAAUGAAUUAGGGGCUCUGUUUGGUUGGUGGAGCUGGAACCACUACAGGCAAAAACACCCAGAUACUCCUGCAAAAGACGUUUACAUGCUAGCAAGUACAGUUUCCUCUAAGAUCCUUGGAAGUAUUGCAAAGAAGGAAGGCUUUUGUUUUGAGGAAACUCUGACAGGGUUCAAAUGGAUGGGUAAUCGAUCACAUGACCACUUACAGGAAGGAAAGACAGUGCUGUUUGCUUUUGAGGAAGCUAUAGGGUUCAUGUGUGGAUCCUCUGUGCUGGAUAAGGAUGGAGUGAGUGCUGCUGUUGUGAUGGGACAGAUGGUGCUGUACCUUCAGAGUCAAGGCCUUUCCCUUUAUGACCAGCUCAACAAUAUAUAUCAGAUAUAUGGAUUUCAUCUCUCAAGUAACUCUUAUUACAUAUGUCAUGAUCCUCCCACGAUAGAGAAGAUGUUUGCUGAAAUCAGAGAUUAUAAUGGUACAGGAAAGUACCCCGAGAGUUGUGGACCUUACAAGAUCAAAUAUAUCCGAGAUCUCACUGUAGGCUAUGAUAAUAGUCAGCCUGAUGGAAAACCCCUGUUACCUGUUAGUAAAUCUAGUCAGAUGAUAACCUUCACCUUUGAGAAUGGCUGUGUGGCCACUCUGCGUACCAGUGGAACAGAGCCGAAAAUCAAAUAUUACACAGAACAUUGCCCAGACCCCACAACUGGAAUGGACCGUAAAAGUGCUGAGACAGAACUGGAGGACAUUGUCCAGUGUAUUGUAAAAUACUUCUAUCAGCCCGACAAGUUUGGCUUUAUUGCACGUUCAACUUAAUAAGUUAUGUGAUGUUUUGUUGAGAAAAAAAAUUGGUCAUUCCGGAUUACAUUUUGUUACGAGAGGUUUAUUAUCCUUGAGAGGAGAAUAAUGUUGUCAAUUCACCUUUUGUUGUUCAAAAAUAUUUUUCCAUUGAAAAAAUAUCUCCCUUACCAGGAGUUGUUUGUCUUUUAUAUACAAUGUUUGUUGAAAUGUUUCUUGGAGACUGAUUAUACUUCAUUCAUUGUUAUCAGGGUUAUGGAUCUCUUGCCAACUUUUGGGAUAGAAUUUAAAAAUUACAUUAUUUUUAACUUCAGGUUAAAUAUAUACAGCAAAACCAAGACCUUUUAGUCUUUCUUACUUAAAAUAUUGAAAUAUUCUGAAGAACUAAGAACAUUUAGUCUUUCAAACUUAGGGUUUAGCUAUUUGUAUGUAUUUCUGGUCUGUUGUAGAACUAAAACUUAUUCAUCUUUUUUAUUUAGAAUAAAAUGUUUAUGAUUUUAUUUCUGUUUUAAUAUGGUUAAACAUAUCUUUAUUGAUUUAUAUUAAUGUUAUAGAGAUAAUGUCGCUAAUUGUUACCAGAAGUAUUUACAAUUUUUUCUGGAUGUUGAAAUAGUUACAGGUAUUUAUUAAUGAAUAAAUGUAUUGGUUAUUACUAUAUGAUUAAAUAGUAUUAAAUACAUUAAUAUUUCUUAAAACGGUUUUAAUAUUUCUAUGUUUAUAGGCUGUUUAAGUGCUACAUCACUGACAGUGUAUACACCGCUGUCACAAAAUACAUUUACAGUCGCACUUUCUCGUACUGAAGGUAGUGGGAUCAUGAAAAACCUGUAAUGUAUCCCAAGUAUUCAAGUUAACAUAGUAUACUUUUUUACAGAAAAUUUACUGUCGAUAGAACAUUAACUGUCAGAACUGAAAUUUUACUUCAGAGUUAAUCAGGGUCAUCAAGUUGUUUGACUAAUUAAUACAAACAAUCCAAAUGUGUGCUGAUUUGCUAGUAAUCUAAUUAGGAUUACCUAUAAGUCCGAAAGUUACAUACCAAAUAAAGAGGCUGAGCAUGAAAAAAAAAUUUAUGAUGCAAUAAAUUAUUUUUUACUUUAAAGCUCAAAGAUACCAUUAGAAGGUCAAAGUUUUUGAGGCUGAUAAUAGCAUAAAGUAUAUAACUGUGGUAUUCUAUACAAAUACACAACAGCCUAUUCUUGCUUUCUGUCCGUAAUAAUUACUCUAUCUUUAGAGGAUAUAAUUAUAUUUCUUUAAUUAUAGUUAGAAUUUCUGUAUUAAAACUUUUGUAAAAUUUAGGGACACUUCUACUAGGAAAUGAAAAUGAGAAUAUGUUCCAAGUGAUGGCCUGGUCUGAAUGAUUUAGGCAGUGUGGUGUUUGUUGUGAUGUUUCCAGAGAGAGAGGUUUAUAUAUAUACUCAGAAUAUAUUAAUUAGAAUCUCAAUAAUCUUUUUGAUACUCCUGCCGUUUGACCACCACAGAUUUUACAGAAGUUCUUAUUGAAGAGAGGUACUGUUAGUAAUCAUUGUUAUAGGCGAGAGGUAUUUUAUAUAUAAACACAAUGUCAUGUUUACUUGUAAUUGUUUUGUAACAUGGACUCGAUUUCAUCAAUAUUGUUUGAAUUUAUCUAUCUGAGAGACUUGCAGAAUUUCCUAAACUAGUUUUUUGCUUAAACUUGACGUUACUAAUUUCCUUCUGGAAUUUAUAUAAACAGGUAUGUUUGGAACAUUGAUGAACCUGGGCCAGGACUUUUUUCAUUUUUUUUUUCUUCUUUUUUUUAAGUAAUGAAAUUUAAUUUUGUGAUUGAUUGAGGUUGAGUUUUAAAUCACCUGUUUAAGGACGUUUAAGCAAAACUGAUACAAUACACUGCUGUAGUUUUUAUGGAAGUUAUGGUUGCAGGACUUUCAAUUUAUAUUUUUCGAAUUUUUAACAAACACUUUAUUUUGAAGACAGACAGUAAAUUCUGUUUAAUCCAGCCAGCCGAAUUCCGUUUUCAGAAUUGUCUUAAACAUCCACCCCUCUUGCAAGUAAACAAACUUGAUAAGGAAAUGCAUUUGACGCUGUUUGCUUGACUAUUUAAUGUCCUACCCUAUAUAACUGUGUUUUUGUACCAACAAAUGAUGCUCAAAUUUUUUGAUGCUCAAAUUUUUUCCCCUAGAAGUUUAUUUAUAAUUAAACAUACUUUCUUCCUAGUGUAUGUAAAACAAAGCCCCAGGUAUAGCGAAAUUCCUAAUUUUGGUAAACCAAGCUAUGAUGUGUGUAUUCUAAUUAGCAUGUUGUAUGACUGUUCCAUGGUUUGUUUUCAACACAUCAGUGAUAUAUAUUAUGGCAGCUGGAAUGUUAAUUAUUUUAAGUUUCACGCUUUACUUUCAGACCUUUUUUUGUUUAAAUGUCUGGAAUAUUUUUUCAUUGAAACUUUUGUAUGUUCUUCGGUGAUGUGAGAAAGCCCUGGUGGUGUGUAUGGUGGAGCACACAUACGGUAAAUAUGAUAAAAAAAAUCUGUUCCUCAAUUGAGGGUGAGAAAGAGAAUUUUACUUUUGAAAGAAAAAUCACUAUUGACAACACAAAGACAUGACAACAAACUCAAAACCCUCGGCCUAUGUAUACAUAUAUGUCAUAAAUUGAUCGUGGUUUGGGAAUUUGUACAAAGUCUUUGUGAUUGAAAACUAAGAAUUUUAACACCAAGAGUUGAGAUCCCCAUCUCUUUUUGAAGGAGAUGAAAUAUUGUGGAUUAUACCCGUAAUAACAUUACUUUCAUUGAAUAUAGAACUGCAAACGUGUAUGUACCUUGGCUAUAAUAAUAUUUUGGCGAUUUUCAACACCUAAAUUACGAUUGUAUUGCGUGCAGAUUUUGUUUUUACACGUUGGAAUACGAUCGCGUCCCCCUAUUGUCUUGACAGGGUUUUUACAAGGAAGUAUAACUAUGACACAGAAGAUAUAUCCCAAGGUUUUAUUUAUCAAUCGCCAAUUCAUCAUUGCGCUUAACCGUUUGAAUUCUGUUACUGCAAACGUACAUAUUUUAGUGGUAAUAUUAUUUUGGCAAUUUUCGCGCGGGAAGGAUUCCGCUCAAUUAUGACUUGUUUGCUGUGGCAAGCAUGGACGUCGUGCUUAUUUAUUACUCCGCAAUUCUGUUUUAGUUCAUUCAAAAUUUGAGUACGCAAAAACUAGGUAUACGCCAAUUUCGAGCGCGCAAAAUAAGUACACCAAAUAAUAUUUCAACACACUACAGCGCCAACGUCUAUAUUUUCGUAGAGAUGCUACGCAUAUGCGAUCUGUAUACAACAAUUAGUUUCAAUCAAAAUCCAAUUUUAAAUUUCCUAAUUUUCUAAGUUUGCAUUCACGUACAAAGAUUGCGACGUGAUUAUGUGCAGACUGGUCACAUCACUUCUCUCUGUAAGCAUGUAUAAUGUGUGGGUAUACAAUAAAUAAAAAAAGAAUGAUAAAACUC